CAAAAGUUGUAUUUUUUUACAAUUCUUACUAAGGUGAAUAAGGUUGAUGGUAGAUUUUUAUUGAGAGACAAAAUAUCAGGAAAAGUCAAGACGAUUAUUUUAGUGUAUCUUACAAAGUACGCUGUACGAAACAUACACAGAUGCUCACAGGAUUCUAUAUUAUAAUUUAAUAGAAACAUGGAGUCGCUAUCGAAACAAGAAUUGAUAUCAACAAUUACAAAACAGGCAGACCAAAUAAAACGCUAUGAAGCUCGUCUUCGAGAUGUUGUUGCUGCAUACAAAGGGCUUGCUAAGGAAAAAGAGGCUUUAGAGUUAAGUUUAAAAGCACUAAACAGAACGGAAUGUAGUGAAAAAACUUCAGAUGAUUCCGUUGCUGCCCUUACUCUUUCUCUCUCUACUUUGACUGCUGAGAAAUCAAGAAUGGAGGAAGCGUUCCAGGCUGAUAAAAAAGUUACUAGAGAGAAGUAUGAGAGCAUGUUAGCAGACCUGAGAGAUGAGAACAGGAUGCUGGUUCAACAGCAUCUGACAGAGGUGGCCAACCUUAAAGCAAAAAUAGCAUACGAAAUACAGGAGCGAGAGCGCGAGACGGCAGAUUACGCGGCGAUGAUGAAAGAAUUCAACAUGAAACUGAAUGAAGAGAGGACGACAAAGGAAAACCUCGAAGAUAAAGUCACUCAUAACAAAGAAGCACAAGCGUCGCAAGCGGAACUGGAGAAGCGUGUUCGCGACCUCAGCAGGUCGUUGGAGGCGUCGCAGCGUCGGCUGCAGCGCGCGGAGGCGCGGACCGCACACACGCCGGCGUCGCUGGUGCGGCUACAGAACAAACUGGCGCUGGUGGAGCAGUCACACUCCGUUGCUAUUAGAGAGGAGCAAAUAAAAGCCAAGCGUGCUGAGGAAUCUGCCCGCAAGAUAUGCGCCAAGCAAGAGGAAAGGGUUGCACUUCUAGAAGAAAAAUUAGCUGAGCUGUCGCAGACUAUAGGAGAAUACGAUCUGCGGCGAAGAAGGGACGAGGCCUUGAUUCAGCAGCUUCGAGACUCGCUCAACGGGAGACUGAUGGAUAAAAUGGUGACCAGUGGUAGUACAGAUGAAUCGCAAAAGAAUGAGACAGAUAAUGAUAAGUUGGCAGACAGCGAGUAUCUACAAACUCUAAUAGACAAAAUACACAUACUGAAAAAGGAACUGAUUUCCGAAAACGAAAAACUCGGAAAUCCUAUAGAAAUAUCUACACUAUUUAACAUCGAGGUCUACGAAAACGUACACAGUAAAUGCCAUGAAGACUACAACAAAUUAAAAGCUGAUUUCGACAGAUUUAAGUUGGAAAACGUUAAGGAAGGUACUGGUGACCUUGAGAAAGAGAUACAAGAUCUUAAGAGCGAGAUAGCUGUGUUGAAGGAAAAGGUUGACACUUACAGACUGAUGUUAGAUGACGAGAAACAAGAUAAGGCUGAAAGUAUACGGAUUUAUGAGGAGAAACUCAAGAACGAACAGGAUUACUACAAGGAAUCCGUAUCCGAGUUGAAGAUACGUAUAGCGAGCCUCGAGAAGCAGGCACAGACGCAGCGCGACAGAUACGCGACGUUGUUGGACGAGACAGACGCAUAUAUACGAGCGAGGGGCGAUCGGUCGCGGAAAGUCAGCUCUGUCAGUCAGGACGGACAUUUUAAGGACGUGCUAGCGGACGCGACGGCGCCGCCUCACAUGCUGCACUACGCUCACGAGCUGGCGAGGAAAGACCUCGACAUCACACACCUGAGGAAAGACAAGCACGCCUUGGAGGGACAGCUCAGGGAUUCUCAGAGAGAAGCUACUAUUGAGAAAGAGAGGUUCAAAGAAGUGGUGAGAACGCUAAAAGAAGAAAUUGACAGACUCCGUCGCGGUCAGUCUCGGGAAGGCGCGAAUUUGGAGUACCUGAAGAACGUAGUGCUAGCGUACUUGCGUUGUACGGACUCGCCGGGGCGCACGCAUAUGUUGAACGCGAUAGCAGCGGUACUACACUUUACACCUAGAGAGAAAGCGGCUGUACUCGAGUCACUGUAGAGACACAAGAUACAGACAUACUUGAGAUAGAAAGAGAUGAAAGAUGAGGCUGGAUAUAGCCCAGGAAUACAAUAUUAUUUCUAAUAUAUGAUGCACUAUAGAUAAUUUAUAAUGCAGCAAUUUAUUAAGUAUGAUAUGUGUUUAACCCGGCAAAAAACUAAUCUGAAUUAGAGUAUAAAAUAGGUAGGAAAAAUAAUAGGUAGGCAGCUACAGUGAAAUUGCAUUUUAAGCAUAAAGUAGCAGCUUUAUAUUGAGUUCUAAGAUUU